AUCUUCCAUGCUUUGUGUGGUAGAAUGUGUCACCUCUUUGGUCUGCUUGUUUUUUAUCAUAAAACUAAGCCACAGAAGGUGGAGCCACUGGCAGUGAUAAUAUGAUUUCUCCCAUUUCUACUCUUUUCCCAGAUUCAAAAAGGGAGAAAAAAGAGAGAGACCAAGUCCCAAACACUUGGAUGGAUGUGUCCCUGACCAUUCAGAUAAGAUGAACAUAUUGUGUAAUUCCUGAAUCAACAUACAUCAUCUAAACAUUUCAGCUUAGAUUUCAUUAAUCUUGGGUAUAUAUUUGCAAUAGGGGAUAAAGAGUUUUGUGUUUACUUCUUUUCCCUGGGCAUUUUGAAACAAGUGUCUGACCCAUAGGAGUUAUCUUUUGGUGCAUUACAUGGUCAGGAUUUUCAAUACUUAAACAUAUUAGUAAAACACACACAAAACCUUCAGUAGAAAUACUGAUGCUAUUGAAAAGAUUUAAAUUCUUAUAAAGACUCUUCAAAAUAGCACUUCAGAAAAGAAUUAUUGCCUUUUUAGCAGUGAUUGAAAGAUCUCUACAACAAGAAACUAGCAGAAGAUUCCUUAUUCCUUCCCCAGAAUUUAUUGCAACUGGAUAAACCCCUGUGAAUCUACCUGGAGAAUUUAGAUGAAGCUUUGUGACAACAGUUUAAUUUUCAGUGCUGCUGUGUUAUGAUUUCUUGCCUUGGAGAGGAGGUUGUAUGGGAGAUGCUUUAGAACUUGCCAGAAGAAGUGUUAGUGUUGGUGUCCUAGUGCUGGCUGAAAGAUUGCCUGGUCAGUGGUGUGUGCUGUCUCUGCCAGCUGAUUCACCCUUUCUCAGCAUGAUCCCUCUGACAGUCUUAGAAGUCUUGGCAAUUCCUGCUUCUUUUUUUCUGCUUCUCACUGUAGUUUGAUAAUUCAUUUUUUUAAAAUUAUUUAUUUUAUUUUGACCUGCCUGAAACUGCUUUUUUUGGAUCUUUUUUGUCGGUGGACUAGUUGCAGUUAAUACAUUACAACAGGAAAUUGCUGCCUGUCUGCUUCAUACAGGAGUAUGAUGGGUGGGAAGGCAAAGCCUAAAGGGACCCUUAGUUGCUCUGGAGGGUGGCUGUGGUUUGGUGUUAGGAAUAGCUAAUGGCACUGGGAUGGUGGGGGGUGACUGCUUUAAAUGGGCCAGGGAGAGCAGAUCACUAAUGAUUUGUUUGUGUAUCCAAUCCACUGCUUAGUACCCAAGGUGGAAACUGUGUACUCAUGGAGAAACUUUGCAAAGCUGCUUUGUGAUUAUUUUGUCUAUUAGUAAUGUUAUCACAACAAUACUGCAAGAACUGAGCACGAACUGUUCGUUAGUUUCUUAAAUAUUUUGCAAUUAAGCCUUUCUAAGGUUUUCUGCUUUCUGUUAUUUCUAGCCCUUUUAAUACUCUAUAGACAUUAUUGGGAAGAUUUGCAUGCGUUUUAACAGCUAAUAGAUUCUGUGCUUUCAUGCUGAACUUGAAAUGCGAUUUGAGAAAAAUUUUUACACUCACUCUAAACAAAGAUUUGUGGAAUGUAAAUAGCUUUGUAUUCAGAAGUACAUAGGUUUAGCAGAAUAAAUUUGUCAUAGGAAAUUUCCUAAUGUUAAAUGUUAGGAGGUAUCAUAAAAAUUGUUUUAUGUCUAACUAUCUCUAGAACAUUCAGGAUUUGGGGCAGGAAAUAAGAAAAAAAAUAAUAAAUUGAAAAGAAAGAAUAGUAUCCCUGUCAGACACGACUCUUAUUCCUCCAAAGAUCUUGGCAGGUUUGACCAGGUAAUAGGCAGAGAUACUUCAUGUUGGUGUGAUGAAAAAGUUGUUCAGGGCUUGCCUCUUAUUUGUAUGGAAGUUUAUUUCCUUGUUUGCAUUUGAAGCUGCCAGGGAACUUUGUUGUCUUCAUCUGCAUAGAGGUGGCCCCUGUAGGCACCAGUAACACUGGUAUUGCACCUGCUCCCCUCAGCAGUGUUGAAUAACCUAAGAAAGGAUUCCCUUAGUUGAGGAAAAAAAGCCUCCUGAGUAUUUGUGGUUUUGUCUCUCCUGUUCUUCCUAGUAAUGAUUCAGUGCAUUUUACAAUGCUUAUGAUUGGUCAAAGCCUUGGGAACUUGGCAGGGAUCUUCUCUGAUGGGAAAUGAGAAGUUCGUGGUUGAGAAUAGAGGCUGUACUUCUAAUAUAGUAUUUCAAAGGCCUUUUAGCUAGCUUGUCAGAAUGUAAUGAGUGUACCUGGUUAGCUUUUUUCUGUUUAGGUGCAACUACUCUUGCAUACUCCCUAAAAUCUACAGAUUUUGCAACGUAAGCCAUAUGUGCGCUGCAGUUUUAAGUCUUCUGCUGAUCUGCUAUUUCCUGUGCUGUCCGUAGGUCCAAGGACAUAAGGAACACUUGUACGUUACAGAAUGGAUGAACAAUCACAAGGCAUGCAGGGGCCUACUGCUCCACCAUUUCAGCCACAGAAAGCCUUGCGACCCGACAUGGGCUAUAAUACACUUGCCAAUUUCCGAAUAGAGAAGAAGAUUGGCCGUGGGCAGUUCAGUGAAGUUUACAGAGCAACUUGCCUCUUGGAUGGAGUACCAGUGGCUCUGAAGAAGGUUCAGAUAUUUGAUUUGAUGGAUGCCAAAGCUCGUGCUGACUGCAUCAAAGAAAUAGAUCUUCUCAAGCAACUGAAUCAUCCAAAUGUAAUUAAAUAUUAUGCCUCGUUCAUUGAAGACAAUGAGCUGAACAUAGUGUUGGAAUUAGCAGAUGCUGGAGAUCUCUCUAGAAUGAUAAAGCAUUUUAAGAAACAGAAGAGGCUGAUUCCUGAAAGAACAGUUUGGAAGUACUUUGUUCAGCUUUGCAGUGCCUUGGAACAUAUGCAUUCUCGUCGUGUUAUGCAUAGAGAUAUAAAGCCAGCAAAUGUGUUCAUUACAGCUACAGGAGUAGUAAAGCUUGGAGACCUUGGACUUGGUCGAUUUUUCAGCUCCAAAACAACAGCUGCACAUUCUUUAGUUGGUACACCUUAUUAUAUGUCUCCAGAGAGGAUACAUGAAAAUGGUUACAACUUCAAAUCUGACAUCUGGUCCCUAGGCUGUCUGCUGUAUGAGAUGGCUGCGCUGCAGAGUCCCUUUUAUGGUGAUAAAAUGAACUUGUACUCUCUGUGCAAGAAGAUAGAACAGUGUGACUACCCACCUCUCCCUUCAGAUCACUAUUCAGAGGAACUGCGGCAAUUAGUUAAUAUGUGCAUCAACCCCGACCCGGAGAAGCGACCAGACAUCACCUACGUGUACGAUGUAGCGAAACGUAUGCACGCGCACACCGCCAGCAGCUGAACUGACGCCAGACCAGGAGGAAGAGAGCAGAGAUAACCAAGUAUUUUAAAUAACUCAUCCCACCCCUCUGUGUGUUACACAAAUGUAAUUAUUUGAAGCUUACCGUUGUGCUUUGAAUCGUAAACCAAUUUACAUACACAAGCUUUGUUGUUUUCUGUUUGUUUCUGGGGGUUUCAUUUGUAUUUUUUACUAACUUGCAGCUGUACAACAGGUUUAAAUGUGUAAGGCGUAAUUUCAAGAUACCAAGAACCACUGUUUUCCAUGAUAUGUGGGUUCAAGUAUAUUUUCUGUAAUAACAAAAUUGUAUUCAGUUGGGCCUCAGUUCUAAAACACAGUUGCACUUUUGCACAUGAUACAGAUAUUAGGCUUAUUAUCCAGAAGCAAAAUGUCUGAAUCUCUCUCACCUUUAUAGUAAUUUAUGGAAAGUAUGAAUCAGCACAGUUAACUUUAUUUUAAUCUUUGUUCUGAGAGGAACGUAAUUUUUAUAGAAGGUUAUUGUGUUUUAUAUUGAAUUGUAGUUUGCAGUUCUUGCUGUAAGAGUAGACAGGUGAUAGGAUUAGUUCUCCGCUUGCUAAGUGCGAUGGAAAAAUAGUUUCAGGAAAAUUUGUCAUGCUGAAAUUUUUGUAACAGCCCUUUUUGUUUUGUUAUUCUGUCAUAAUACACAUAAAACACUUGUUGGAGGUUUUCUGGGAAAAUUUAAGGUGUUGAUUCACGAAUCUGGUGGCUUUGAAUAGAUUUGUGCAGCACUGCCCUGGGGCAAUAGGAGUCUGCAUAGUUAAGUCUUAAAACCAUGCAGAUGCUUCUAGUAGCAAAGAGGGGUUCUUCUGAGGCUGUCAUUUGUGCAGGUCUGAUUAAAAGAUGUGAUAUUUAGGUUACAACUUCCCAACUGUUUGUGUAUAUGUCACUGUUUGUAGAUUUUUGUGUUUAAAAUAAUUUGAAUGACCUUACAAUGUAUUUAAAUUUUAAAGUGUUUGGGUUUUUUUAAGUACAGAAAUCUUUUGGGAAAGAUAUAAUACUGUAGUAUAACACAAAAUGUAUUCUACAUAAAUAUAUAAUUUUUGUAUACUGUAUCCUGGAAUUAGUUUUAUAUUUAGCAAAAUUGAAUUUUAGCUUUUAUGUUUAAGAGAAAGUUGCCAGUCCUUCAUUUGGGAAAUAAAUAUAUAUGCAAACUGUCUUACAAAUACUUUAUUAGUUAAAAAGGAAAUGCUGAAUAUUUUUGUUAGACCUUAGUGCCUUUUUGAGUGUGUUUAAAUAAUAUUUUUAUUGUUAAGGAAGGAAUGUGCCUUGUUUCUAAAUGUGGCAGAAAUGGAGAGUGGAAUGAAAUUUCUAGAGUUUCAUGACUGAACUUUUUAUACAGAACUGUCUAAGCAUAAUUCUUUUCAGUGAUAACAGCUAAGAAGCUGUUACAGUCAGUUAAAUCUUUUUCCUUAACGUGGGUAAAAAGUUAGUUCAAAUAAAAGCAGCAGGAUGUACAUACAUGUAUAGGUUCUAGAUGCAGUCACUUCCCUGCAUGCUCAGAUUUUUUUUUUUUUUUUGCUUGUUUGUUUCUCUGUGUAGCUUUAAUUUUUUGAUUUGAUAUAAUGCUCAAAGAAUAAAAAUCUGUCUGUGGAGUUUGUGGAUGAAAUGUUCAGCCUAGGUCAGGAUUGUUUCCAGUUUUGUAUUUUUUAAAACUGCAAAUAGUAUGGAAAUUGUAUUUGGCAAAAAACAGGAGUUUUUAAAUAGUAUGUACCAGAUCAUGAGCUUAUCUUGAUACAUAUUUUUUAAAUCUUUGUUUCCAGAUUUUAUAGGAUGAAUUCUAUGAAACCAUAGUUUUCCUUCUCACUUGUGUGUACUUAAUCUUGUAGGACUUGAGUGGAGAAGAGGUAUUUGAGAAACCUUGGUUUAUAUCUUAAAACCUCUAGAUUUGUUUUUGUUAUCUGAUUGUAUAAUUUUUAAAAUGAUGGUUAUAUUCUGUAACUAUAUUUCAUAUGUCAUAGAAUUAAAUGCUUUAUAUUGAAAAAGGCAGCACAAUAUUUGCUUGACUGCCAGGAUUAACUCUUAAUAUGCACAAGUACUCACACAAUCUUUUUUUUUUUUUUUUCUGAAAUGGGCUAGAACAUUUAAAAAUCACUGAAAAAGCCCCUCAGUGCAGUCAGGCUAUUUGUAUCUAAUCUUAUGCAUAGAGUAUUGAACUUUUCCUGAAAGAAACCGAUAAUAGAUCUCUCUCCCUCUGGAGGAUAUGUAGAGUAAAAAAAUGAUGAGUUAAGAGUUAGCAAAUGUGCAUGCUUAAGCAUUUAAAUUUUUUUAGGUUUGGGGGGGGGGUUAGUAUUUAUGAUGAAAUCUUGUGUUGAGGAAAAAAAAUAGUUGUUCAUGAUUUAAAAUCUGUAAAACAAAUGGUACAGAUGACUCUGGUACCAAACUUUAUAAUUAAAAAACCCCAUGUGGGUUAAUAGAACUGCUUACAUAAUUGGGACUGUAGAAUCUAUCCCUAAAGUAAAGCACCUGGUAACAUAUGAAAGUGAUAAGUCUGUUAUAGCACUCCCAUGUGUCCUACAUACUAAUAAAAUAUUUUCUUUUAUAAA